AUGGUGAGAUUUCGAAUUUUCAGUUUCUUGUUUCUCUUUUGUGUUUUACACAAGUGUGAAAUUCUUAAUGCUGCUAGUACCAAAGACAAGGUGAAACACAAAACGAGAAAUAAGGAGUGUCUAACUCCUGCAUGCAAAUAUGCUGCUACAACAAUUCGUGAGAGUAUCGAACCCAAGGUAAAACCGUGUGAUAAUUUUUACAAAUUCGCCUGUGGUAAUUUUUUGAAAACUGCAGCAAUUCCAAAAGCUGAUAUAGGUGUCACUAGAUAUGCUUCCCUUCAGAAAAAUGUUUUGGAGCAAAUAAUAAAGAGAAUUUCAGAGCCAACUCAACCCAAGGAACCCAGAUGGAUGAAACAGAUGAAAAACUUUUACAAGGCUUGCAUGGACAAAAGAACGAUUGAAAAAAAUGGUCUUCGUACAGAACUAGCGAAAUUAAAGAAAGCAGGAGGCUGGCCUGUACUGGAAAAAAAGUGGAAUGAGAAAAAUUUUGAUUGGAAACGGACGACUUACGCUAUGCGAAGACUGGGAUAUAAUAUUGAGAGCUUGUUCUCUUUCGACGUUGUCGAUGGUGUUAAGUCAAACUCGUAUAAAAAUACUUUAACUAUUGACCACACAUUUUAUCCUGAUCAACGCCAAAUGUUCAUGAGAGGAAAGGCGGACCCGAAAGUCAAAGCUUACCUCAAGUAUAUGGUUGACAUUGCUGUUCUUUUUGGUGCAAAUAAAGUUAGAGCUGAAAAGGAAUUAAAGGAAGCACUUGAUUUCGAAAUUAAGCUUGCCACUAUCGCUGUGAGUGGAGAAGCUGCUAAGCAAAUGAAAUUGUCCGAUCUUGCAAAACAGUAUCCUAGUAUUCCUUGGAAGCAAUACUUCAACGCAAUUCUCAAACCAAUUCUAGUAAUUGGUGACAAUGAAAUAAUAAUAGUGCGUGAGCCUACUUUUUUCAAAAAAUUCGAACAAUUAAUGAACACAGCUUCAAAAAGGGCGCUGGCUAAUUACCUCUUCUGGAAAGCAGUUCAGUAUGAUUUAGGUUAUCUGACUGAAAAAAUUGAAAAACGGAAAAGGGAGAUAAACAUUAUGUUUGGUGAUCAACCUGAAUGGACUGAUAGAUCACAUGAAUGCCUACAAAGAUCUACUGCGCUAAAAUUAAGUAUUCACGCUGUAUAUAUCAGGAAGGAUUUCAGCCAAAAAUCGAAGAAAAGGGCAGAAAAAUUAGCAGUUGACAUUGAACAACAGUUGAAGAAAAUUGUGAAAGAGGCUAACUGGAUGGACGAAAAAACAAGGACAAUUGGUUUGGCUAAACUUGAUUCUAUGAAAUAUUGUAUUGGAUAUCCCAAAGAAAUUUUCGAUGACAAGAUUCUUAACCAAUACUACAGCCCGGUAGAAGUACCAGCAAAUGAUUACGUUGAAGCAAGUUCAAACUUGCUUAUCUUUUAUUUAAACCGUUCUUUCAAAAAUUUAAGGAAGUCUUCGAACAAUUUUGAUUGGACACUCCACAUGGACGCUAUUUAUGAAUAUCCUGGCGCUGCAUAUACUCCACUGGAAAACAGCAUUGACUACCCUGCUGGAAUUCUACAAGGCAUUUUCUACGAUAUGAAUAGGCCUGACUAUUUGAAUUACGCCGGGAUUGGUGCAUUUGAUUUGGGACAUGAAAUGACCCGUGCUUUUGAUAACGAAGGUAGAGAAUUUGGUAAAAACGGAUUCUCUAGGGACUGGUGGACUCCAGAAACGAAUAAAAAAUUUAUUCAGAGAGCUGAUUGCUUUAUUCAGCAGUACGGCAAUUAUUACAUUGAAGAAGCCCACGUAAAAGUGAAUGGUGAAGCAACCCAAAAUUCCAACAUUGCAGACAAUGUAGGCGUGAAAGCAGCGUACUUCGCCUAUCAAAAUUCAGUAAAGCAAAAAGGCCCAGAACCCAAAUUGCCAGGGUUAAACUAUACCCAGUCGCAACUUUUUUGGAUUCAAGCAGCUGUAACACAAUGUGCGAAAUACACCCCGGAGAUAAUGAAAACUGUAAUUGCGACCCAUUUCGGUUUCUGGGAUAGGAAUGUGGAUGGAAUAAAAAAAUCUAUUCUUGGUGAUAGCCACGUUGACUCUCGAGAUGUCGACAAUAUGCUGGAAGUUUGUCUGUUUUAA